AUGGAUACUUACGGUCCUCCUUCUGGAUCAGUUGUACUAUCUGUGAUUCAAAUGACCGCAGCAACGUCGAAGCAAAAAUGCCAUGGAACUUUGAACGAACUUGAGUUGAAACUUGCUGGUAAUCAAACCAACAUUGCUGGACAAUCUGUGGUUAAUGCCAUCAAAGCCUAUAUGGUUUAUCGAACAGAGCGCAUCAAAGAGGGAAUCUCUCAAAAAAUAACACAUUUUCAUCAGAUUAUUGCUCAACGUCGACAGCGUUCAUCAACGGCAAAGAAAGCGACUGGUGUAUCUCCACAAGUAACAAUCGAUGUUCUUCAUCAUGCACCUACUGACGACGAAUUGAAUUAUAUCUCGAUAGAACAGCGAUGGAUUCGACGACAAGAUCACAACAAUGAAAUAUAUGGCCGAUAUAUCGACGAUGUAUUCUUCACAUCGAAUGAACAUACCGAAACAGUGCAACAAUUACUCACCGAUGCGAAUAGUUGGGAUGAUAACAUUAAAUCACAGGGGAAUAUUGGGAUGUGUGUUCCAUUUCUGGAUGUUCUCAUUUGUAAUAAUCGAGGGUCCUUGUAUACAUCUGUGUGUCACAAACCAUCUGCUGAACCCUAUGUAUUACCAUUUCUUUCGGAUCAUCCUAGAAACACUUUUGCCAAUGUUAUCCAAACGGCUUUAGUUCGAGCAAUCCGCUAUUCAUCGACCUACCAAAUAUUUAACAUUGAACGGCGUACUAUUGAAUUGAUGCUACUGUACAAUGGGUAA